AUGCCUCAGGAAAAUUCAGAUCAAAUGGAGGAUUCCAAUGAUCUGAAUGAGGAGAGUGAAGCGAAGCCAGGCCACAAUGAAGAGGAGGAUGGCGAGUGCCUGGAACUGCAGGCAGAUUUCGAAAAUGACGAUGAAUACUAUAAGAGUAUUUUUCCAAACGAGUCUCCGAAGCACUGCAGUUCCUCUAAAGAGCCAACCAACCAGGCUGAAGAGCUGCCAGCUAUCGCAGAAAUUGAGAAAAAAAUGAAAAAUUUAUCAAGCGAAAGUGAUUCUAGUGACUGUGAAAUAGUUGGGAGCUAUCCUCCAUCGAAUGAUGCCAAUACUUCCACUGAAAUAGACUUCGAAGGAGCAACCAGCAAAUCAUUCGGGGAAAAUAACCCAACUCAGCCCACAAUUAAAACCGAAGAGCCUUCAGAAAGCUUCGAUAACAACACCAUCGAGGACGUGCUGUCGUUUAUUUCGUCAAAAAUUGGAGAUUUGUCAUCACCCGAUGGGAUUGUGGGGAAAUUGUCGCCCGAAAACGUAGAACAGAUUAAGCAGAGACUGGAAAUGUGGAUACAGUCUGUGGAAGAUCAGGAGAAUAGUGAAAAUAAUCCUCCCAACAAUGCCCAGGCAGAAGACAGCGGCCUCGGAGCGAGUUCGAUUAAUAGUCACCCAUUUGUGGCUGUCCUUCUUCAAGCCACGAAGUUGUUGCAGGACACAGAUCACUUCCAGCCGAUUCUCAACCUGCUCUAUGGGGCCAUGGCCAAGUUUGGCGAUGCUGCGUCCCAAACUCGGGGAGCUAAAGGCCAGGCUAAGUCCAAAAAAAGUUCAAGAAAAAAUAGACGAAAGCGGUCGGCGAGGGAGCGAUCGGCUUACAACCAAGCUCACAAGGGAAAUAUGCCUUCUAACUCAAUACCUGCUAUAAAGCAAGAAGUCCACAGCCGAAUGGGAAAUAUGCCUAGUGGCCCAGUACCUGCUAUAAAUCAAGCAGUUCCCAACCCAAGGGGAUAUGGGCCCUCUAACUCAGUAACUCCUAUGAAUCAAUUCAGGUAUCCCCCGCCAAAUGGGAACAACAUGGCUAUCAGUACCAACCAAAGGGAAAAUUUGCCCAGUAGCUCAGUACCUGCUAUAAAUCAAGCAGUUCACAACCUAAGGGGAAAUAUUCCCUCUAACUCCGUGCCUUCUAUGAAUCAAUCAGUUUACAAUCCAAUGGGAAAUGUGCCCUCUAGCUCAGUACCUUUUAUGAAUAAAGUAAUCUAUCCCCCGCCCAAUGGAAAUAACAUGCCUAUUAGUCCCCAUCAGCAAGCAGUGCACAACCCAAGGGGAAAUAUGCCCAGUAACUUUGUACCUGCUGUCAAAUCCCCAAUGGGAAAUACUAAUACUUCAACUAAUACAUUUUCUAAGGUACUCUGUAAUCCUGGGGAUGCCUUUAGAAACGACAUACCAUUAAAGAAUCAAACAAUCCAUAGUCCAAUGGGAAAUAUGCCCUCUAACCCAAUACCUGGUAUACAAAAAGCAAUUCAUAACCAACAAAUGCCCUCUGACUCAGUACCUUCUAUGAAUCCAGCAAUUAAUCCGCACCCAAAAGGAAAUACUAUGCCUAUAAAGCAAGCAGUGUACAACCCAUGGGGAAAUUUGCCCACCUACUCAGUACCUGCUGUAAAACAAGCAGUGGACACUCCAAAGGGAUGUACUUCCACUAAUACAGUGGCCAAAGUGAUGGGUAAACCUGAGGAUGUCCAUAAGAGCAAUAUUCCAUUGAAGGAUCAAUCAGUUAACCCGAUGGUGGUGUCUCAGGUGUUCCACAAACCUGGGGAUGACUUGGCCUUUAGAUGCGAUGUGCCUUUGAGGGAUUUUUCAGUCCCCAUCUCAAAGGGAAAUGCUUUAACUGAUACACUUUUUAAGGCGCAGACUCCAACAGUCCAAAAACCAGUGGGAAGUACUCCUCUUAAUCUUAUGCUGGCCCGUCAACCCGAGGACACCUUUAAUCAACCGAUGAAGCAGCAAGGUUUCUUCGCCCAAAAGGGUUUUUCUAAUAAUGAUCCUGGCCAGUUCCGGAAACCGCCAGUCAACAACCCAAUGGGCUCUAAUUAUACUUUGAAAAGCUCUAUACUCUCCCGUAUUCCUGAAAAUCCCCAUAAGCAGGAUGAACGUGUUGUGGAGCAAGUGGUCUCCAAGCCAAAGGGUAAGACGUUCACUGGUAGGGAUUCCAUGCUGUACCGCAACCCUAAGGAUGCCUGGGAAUCGGAUGAGAAUGAGAAUGAUGAGAUGAAGUCGACUGUCGCCACUCCAAGGAAAAGUACCUUCACCAUUAGUGAUUCCAAGCUGUUCCCUAGCCCUUUUCUGAAAAAUGUGUCGGUUGUACAGCAACCCAAGGCUCUGAACUUUUCCAAGCCUGAAGAGGAUAGAAACUCACUUGAAAUUAUUAAGUCAAUGGAGGAGAAGUUUUCUUCGCUUAAUUUAAUCUAUAACGUGGUAAAUGGGAUAGUAACCAAAGAUCAGAAUGAAGAGAUUCAAGAAGAGCCAACAACUCCUUCACAGACCGAAGCAGAGCCUCUUGACCUAAGUGCUCCACUUGACAAAGGAGUACCAGAUGAAAAGAUCAAAGACAAUCCAACUACUUCUGUUCAGAGUUCAGCUUCUGGGCCGAGCGAGGCAGCUUUUCUAGACAAGAAUUUGCCAGCAGAGACUUGUGUCCAAGCUGAAAAGAUCAAUGCUUCAGUCGAGCCGACAACUCCUCCCGAGGACGCCUCCCAGGAUCCUUCUUCGCCAAUCGAGGCAGAGCCGCUUCCUAAUCCCAGUCCAAAUUCUGAGAUCCAAGUCCAAAAUGAAUCGACGAAGGAUGAGACGACAACUGCUAUCCAGAGCUCCACGGGUGCCAUUCCAAAGCAGACUUCCUCUUCACAGACUGAGGCAGGACCUUCACAACAAAGUCAGACACCUGAGGCUGAAGUCCAAAAUCAAUCGAUCAGGAAUAAGAUUAGAGGUCGGUCGGUGGGUCGGGGCACUGGAGUCGCUCCGCUUUACCAACUGAAAAAGUUGAAGCGGAAGUUUGCAGCGAAAAUGGGUUGGGCCAGAUUCGUCAGGACCCAGGGUCCACGGCGGUAUGUCCCGCCGCCGAGGUACUACAAGUCUAAGAAACCAGAGACUGAGACCUCCAAAAAUGGAGGCAACGAAGCUGGUGCAGCUUCUUCAGGAGAGCCUGGUACAAGUCAGGACAAACCCAACUCCAGCUCGGCCGGAAGCCCUCCAGAAGCUUGUGAAACGCCAGUCGUUGAGGAUCCUUCGCUGAAAUUUAAGGGAAAUUGGGUUACCGCUUUGAACACAUCCUCGAUGACCUAUGAGGGUAAUACAGCUGAAGGCUCUAUUAUGUGGGCACUCCCAGGCAAUCCCCAGAGUAAGUCAGAUCUACUUGACACCUUCGACAUAGCUUCACCUUCAAAGACGAGAAUUUCGAGGGUUCCACUGAAUAUAAGGACUCCUCUGAAACAGGACUUUAGUUUCUUUAAUGAAGAAGCUCAAUUUCGCACUCCAGGAGUCAUCCUUCGUGGUAAAGCCUUGUUCUCGAAUCCCUUGAAGAAAUACGAUCCCAAGGAGUUGGCUCAACCUGUUAACUCCAAAAAGAGAAUACCCGAAGUUUCAAUACGAAACAGAUCCCUUUUCUAUCAAUCUCUGGAAAAUCAACAUAAAAAUGGUACUCCUGUAAACAGUGCUGUGAUAAACUGCCGGAAAGAUCUAUUUAGCAAGCUGAGUACUCCCAACAGGCCCGUGGUGACUUCAAAGAAUCUCACCGAAGAAGCGCAACCUGGGUCUUCCCUCUGUCAGAAGACAAAGUUUGAAACCCUGGGCUCCAACAGGGCCUCCUCUGCCUCUCCAUCAGGAUCACAACCACCUGUCAAGCGGAAGCCACUGCCUAACCCAGUUGAUGGUGACGCCCCAGUGUCCUAUGGCCUCAAAUGGGAGACUCCUACCAAGAAAGAUGUGAAUAGUGGCGCCAGGAUGAGUUGUGAGGCUACAAAAGCGCCAUCUAUUGAAACGAUAGUCCCGGAACAGACCCUUCCUUCAACUUCCAACCAGACUGUGUCGGGGAUCACUCCCCAGGAAGUACCACAAGUCAUGGAGACCCACCCAGCACCAGACCCGCCAGUUUACCCGUCCUGUUCCAGUUCAAUGUUACCCCGUUGCGUUACCCCGGUUAUAGAUCCGAACCAAUGGUUGCCGGCUAACUUCCGGGCAGUCUCACCUCUACCAUCCAGCCCUCCAAUUCCGGCAGAAGGCGCAAAGACCACAAAGAAGAGGAACAAGAAGGGUCGCCGCCACCAAGAGAGAAAGGAGAGGCAGUUAACCCCACAGGGGGAUGGGAAUAAGGAUGUGGUUGUAGAAACAAACCAUCCAGGAAUCAGUCCAGAUAUGACUUCCUUUCAAGAGAGCCUGGGAGGACAAUCAGUAUUGCAGUUACCCCCAGUGGUCGCUUCACAUGCUAGUCCAGGGGAUAGAAAUCAGGACGUGAAUCAUCCAAGUACAAGUCAAGAGGGCAAGGGAGUACAAUCUGUAUACUUUUAUCCACCACCUCAGAUUUCUGAUCCCCAGUUGAACAAGGUGAUGGCUCCACAUGCUAGUCCUACGACUGGCAAUGAGGAUGUGAAUGUUGGAACGAAUAAUCCAACUACCAGUGAUAAUGGUGUGCCAUUAGAGUUCCGUUUCCCGCCACCACAGAUCUGUGAUCCCCAGUUUGCUCCACAUGCCAGACUAUCGGGUGACUAUAAGGAUGUGGGUGUAGGAACGAGUGGCAGGCAAGGUGAAGGGGCAGUGCUCUCACCGUUCUGUUUCCCGCCACCACAGAUCUGUGAUCCUCAGUUCACCCCAGUGGUGGCGGAUGUCCAUAUGGAUGUGAAUCAAGAGGUCAAUGUGUUUCCCUCUCCAUUUAGUUUUCCGCCACCCAAGAUAUGUGUCCCCCAGUUGACCAGAUUGUCCGCUCCAGGGGAUGGCAGCAAGGAUGUGAAUGUCCAAACGAAUCAGCCAAGUUUCAGUCUAGAAAUGGCUCAAAGCCAGGAUUGCAGGGCAGUGGUAUCGCCAUUUAGUUUCCCACCACCCCAGAUCUGUCAGCCGCAGAUGCUAAAUAAAGAGCCAAUUAAUGAAAAUCAACAAGUCAACAAUAUGGAUGGGAAUCUACAAGCCAAUCAUCCAAGUUCCAGUCGUGAGAAGGAGGAGAGGCCAAGUACUUGGACCAUUAGUCAAUAGGAGACUGCUCCCAAUCGGAUAGAUCCUCCGUGGGAGUUUCUGGUGCUGGAGUUUAAGGAAAAUAUGAAAAAUGUUUAAAAAAAAAAGACAUGUAGAGAAGUACUUUCAACACAAAUCGGUCCGGAGAAGAGCCAGAGGAAGGAAUACCUACCGUUUAUCAAUUAGUUCUAUAAGUUAUCUGAAACUCAGUUCAAAGAAACCGAGAACCAAACCCAAGUCAAAUAUAAUAUCCCCAAUGUGGCAUUAUCAGGUGUCAGGAUGGAGGUCUCUAGUCCAGUCAUUCCUUCUUCCAGUCAGAAUUUCUUCUCCUUUAGUCCAGUUCUCCACUGCUUUCUUAUCCAUGCGCUGCAAGUCUCCAAUUUCAGCCACCUGUGGUCCAGAUGAAGUGUUUCUAUCAAUAAGAUAAGUUCUAGCUGCAGAUACUUUCGUAGUUUCAUAUUUUAUACGUAUGAUCAUAUGUAUGUAUGUAUGUAAGCCUGUGGAGCCCCGCUAGUCCUGAAGUAACUGUAAAUGUCGAUGUUGUACGAAGGGGAGAACAAGAAAGAAGAAGAGAAAUCAAAACAUAUUUUUAUGAAUUAUAAAUAUUUAAAUUACCAGCCGUAUAAUAGCUAAGGUGACACACCUGAGAACCAGAGCCACCCUCGCAAUCCUCUCUCAACACGCUCCCUGGCUCUCACUCUCUCUCUCUCUUGGAGGAAUGACACGCAAGAUGCUCUCGUUGGAAGAAGCAACCACCGCUACUUGGGAGCAGCCCCCCUUUGGCGCCGUUAAAAAGCAUCAAGUUGGCGACAGAGGGCAGCAGAUUCCCAAUCUAGUCAGGUGUGUGUGUGUGUGUGGCAGCGGAGACCUGUGGCAAGUCGCAUAAUAAACAAAAUAAACAGGAUUAAUUGAUAAAGUCGAAUCCUAAGCCUUCCAGCCGAUGAAAUCUAAAUCCCAGAGACCAUACGACGGUAAACAAGUUGGGGAACAGUGAACGCCUCAAAAAUGCAUAUGCAACAGCCACUGC